GGGCCGGGCCCGGCGUCGCCAUGGGCUCCUGAGGCCUUCGCGCCCCCGCGCCGGUGCCGGCGCCGCCCGCGGGGCAGCGGGCCAGGGCCCGACCCGACCCCUCCUCACCCCACCGGGCUGGGCCGCGCCCGCCCGCCCGCUGCAGGAAAGAAGAUACCUGCUUAAACAAGUCUGGGUAUUUCCCAAGACUUUUUCUCCUGUGGAAGAAAGCAGAAAGGAGGCGGAGUGUGACAUAAGGUCUUGGUUCGUGGGCAGCUCUUUAGCAAUCCCAACUGGAACCUCACCCCAAAAGGCACCAUGAUAAUGAUGACUGAUGUCACUGCAGCCCCCAAAUUGGGGUCAACUGCCACCACUCCAGCUGUGGCUCCCAACUUCUCCUGGAUGCCAGAGGAUGGUAGCCCCACAGCUGUGGAGCAGCCAAUAUUUCUCAUGACCACUGCUGCUCAGGCUAUCUCAGGUUUCUUUGUAUGGACAGCUUUGCUCAUCACCUGCCAUCAGAUCUACAUGCAUCUCUGCUGCUAUAGCUGCCCAAAUGAACAGCGCUACAUCGUUCGGAUCCUCUUCAUUGUGCCCAUUUAUGCCUUUGACUCAUGGCUCAGUCUCCUGUUCUUCACCAAUGACCAGUACUAUGUUUACUUCGGCACAGUGCGGGACUGCUAUGAAGCCUUUGUAAUAUACAACUUUCUCAGCCUCUGCUAUGAGUACUUGGGAGGGGAGAGCUCCAUCAUGUCUGAGAUCAGAGGGAAACCAAUUGAGUCCAGCUGUGUGUAUGGAACUUGCUGCCUGUGGGGAAAGACAUAUUCGAUUGGAUUCUUGAGAUUCUGCAAACAGGCUACCCUGCAGUUCUGUGUGGUGAAGCCCCUCAUGGCGAUCAGCACAGUCAUCCUUCAGGCCUUUGGCAAGUACCAGGAUGGUGACUUUGAUGUAACCAGUGGCUACCUCUAUGUGACGAUCAUCUACAACAUCUCUGUCAGCCUGGCACUGUAUGCCCUCUUCCUUUUCUACUUCGCCACACGUGAGCUGCUCAGUCCCUAUAGCCCAGUCCUCAAGUUCUUCAUGGUGAAGUCUGUCAUCUUCCUGUCCUUCUGGCAAGGGAUGCUGUUGGCCAUCUUGGAAAAGUGUGGUGCCAUCCCCAAAAUCCACUCUGCUAAUGUGUCUGUGGGUGAAGGCACAGUAGCUGCUGGAUAUCAAGACUUCAUCAUUUGUGUGGAGAUGUUCUUUGCAGCCAUUGCCCUGCGCCACGCCUUCACAUACAAGGUGUAUGUGGACAAGAGAAUUGAUGCCCAAGGUCGCUGUGCUCCCAUGAAGAGCAUCUCCAGCAGCCUCAAGGAGACCAUGAAUCCCCAUGACAUUGUCCAAGAUGCGAUCCACAACUUCUCUCCAGCCUACCAGCAGUACACCCAACAGUCCACACUGGAGCACGGUCCCCCCUGGCGCAAUGGCAGCCACGUGAUCUCGCGCUCCCACAGUUGCUCUGGUGCCCGCGACAAYGAGAAGACCCUCUUGCUGAGCUCUGAUGAUGAAUUCUAGGAGGGGAAACGGCCAGCACAGGCUGUCAUUUUUCUUCUUUCUUUUUUUAAAAAAAUAAUUUAUUAAAGCAGAAACACGCAAGUCAUAUCACUUCCUAGAGAGUAAAGAUUGCAGAAGUGGGCACCUCCCAUUAGCUUUCGUGGAUAUGGAUACAAUGAGCAAUGUGGAGGUGGCGGAAUGGCCAGGACUCCACGCUCAAGCCCAUUCCUUACAGCAGCAAUCGAAUUGAAUUGAUUCAAGCAAAGCUCCAGGAUUUGGGGCUCUGGCUUCACACACCUGCCCAGCUUGGUGUGGAAUGUGACUGGCCAGAGCCUGCAGUUGUAGCCAAAAAUGUUUUUGCUUUCUUACCAACAGGACAACCUGACUCCUUUCUAUUUCUUUUCCUGAAUGGUUGAUGUAGGCACAGUUUUCUCCCCAGCUCCCUGGUACUAACAUCUCUGUGAUCCUUGGGAAAUAGGAUGGGGAUGCAGCCAUAGGCAUUCCUGAGGACCAGACCAAAGACUGGUCUUUCUGUAUAGCCACUGCCUUGAAUGCUAAGUAAGGAACAUCUGUCCCCACCCUCCUGAGCACCUGCUUGUGAAUCCUUGAGUCACCUGAGUGAGUGAGGGGGAAAAGGACAGGGUUUUCUUCAUGUUCCUUGUCUCUCUGCAUCCCCAA